AUGAGGGGCUCUGACUUGUCUGAAGGAAAAUCUAAGCUGUUCUCAUGCCCCUGGCCCCUGAGUUUCUCAUUAUGCUCCGUAAGGCACCUUUAUAUCUGCGAUUUCCACAAAAAUUUCAUCCAGAGUGUUCGAAACAAAAGGAAGAGGAAGACAAGCGACGAUGGUGGAGAUUCCCCUGAGCACGACACUGACAUUCCUGAGGUCGAUCUGUUCCAGCUGCAGGUGAACACUCUACGGCGUUACAAACGACACUACAAAUUGCAGACCAGACCAGGCUUCAAUAAGGCCCAGCUAGCAGAAACUGUCAGCCGACACUUCAGGAACAUCCCUGUGAAUGAGAAGGAGACCCUCGCCUACUUCAUCUACAUGGUAAAGAGCAACAGGAGCAGACUGGACCAGAAGGCGGAGGGCAGCAAGCAGCUCGAGUGAGGACGGGGCACAACUUACGGGAGCCAAGUGUCAGGCUCAGUGCACAGGUGACAUCUGCUACACUUCAGCUCAGAAGGACUGUCAAAUUUUAUUGUAAAUAAAAAGUUUGAAUGAUGAAUACUGUAAAUCUUUUGGUCAGGAGGAUUAUAUUCUGAUGAUUCAGCAUGUGUAUAGAAAGACUUUCCUUGACGAUAACUUCUGGACUGAAAAAAGCAGGACCAUAAAAAGAAUGAAA